AUGUCCCCUCAUCUCUCUCUCUCUCUCUCUCUCUUUGCUCUUUCGUUCCCAGCGCUUUGGACGUGCAGCACGAGCGCCACGUGGCUAUCAAGUGCGUCCGCCAGCAAGAGCUCAACGCAUUGGGCGAGCGGGAAGCGGCCAUUCUGCGGCAGAUCAACGACCAGGACGCGGACGGAGCUUGUGCCGAGUCCGUGGCGUCACGCGCUCAGUGGAGCUCGAGCUGCUCCAAACCAGACACUGCAGCUCUUGAACCGCACGCGGCACUUGUCCGCUCCUGAUGGACUCGUAGCAAGCACGCAGCAGCGGAAGCAGGACGUGGAUGGACCUGACGUGGCUGGGUUGUUGGCACCACCUGUGUCGUUACUGGACAUACGGCAGAUGGCGGCGCAUCUCUGCGGAGCACUCGCGUUUCUCCAUGACCAGGGACUCAUCCACGCAGACGUCAAGCCAGAGAACGUGGUGCAGUCAAGUCCAGAAGCUCCACUGAGACCGUCGGCGUCAACGUCGUUGCCGUGCUCGUCACCAGUCAAGUUGGUGGACUUUGGCAACUACUUGGGUGCAAACGAGCUAGCGGCGUAUGCUGACGCGGACGCUUGUGGCGGCUUUGACGUGCAGACCGUCACGUAUCGUGCUCCAGAAGUGGCAGCAGGUCUCUUGCUCUGCUCGGCCAUGGACAUGUGGUCGCUCGGCUGCCUCCUCUUGGAAUGCGUGUCAGGGAAACCGCUGUUCACACCGCCACCGCUCGAGACGUCGGUGCAAGAGCGGGCAGACGUCAUCAAGGUUGAGAACGCCCAUCUCUUGAAGCAGAUCGAGCGCAUCGUGACAAACGGAGUCCAGCUGGAUGCUACGUGCGCCCCGUAUCAGUCUUCUGCAUGGUAUAACGAAGAAGCCGCAGAGGAAUGCCAAAGGGUUGGCCAUGACAAGCAAGCGGAGACAUUGCAAGCACGUCUACAGGCCGCCGCUCCCGGGAACCACCAGCUUCACGACUUUAUUUGCAGUCUAUUGGACGUCAACCCCGCCACGAGAGUCACUGCAAAGCAAGCACUCUUCCAUCCCUUCCUGCAAGCCUUCUUCCCAUUCGAAACCGUGUUUGCUCGAUCGGAUGCUCGUCCAGCUAGCUCAGAACGUGAGACCAGUCUUCCUGCUGCAUCCGCAUCAACGGGAGCUGGCACACAGCGUAAGGCAUGGCGAUCUCGAUCACGCGAACUCGAGGAACAAGAGGCUUCUGACCGAGUGCGAAAGCGUCAAAGGUCAGCCAGAACGGUAACGUUAGCUCGCAGUAAGGACUUGCGUCAAGUGCUGAAGAUGAUACCGCGACACCGCUUGCCACUUCCGCCACGCUGA